AUGGGAUCCAUGUCCAAGCUGAGCCGUCCCGGGGACCGGACCGUCGGCCGCAUCGUCUCCGACCUCACCCGCCUCUAUCUGGCCAACCGCACCCGCAUCUCGCGCGCCGUCUGGAUCACCCUCUUCGUCGCCCUCGUCAACCGCGUCCGCCACGCCAUCUCGGAGCAAAAGGCGGCCUCCAUCCGCGAUGCCGCCCAGCGUUCCGCUCGUCGCGGCACCGUCUCGACCGCCGACGACGAUGACCCCGCCGCGCCCAAGAAGAAGGUCGCCCUGAACCGCGAAUUCUUCCGCUCGCUGCUGCGCUUGCUGAAGAUUGUCAUCCCCGGCUGGCGAACCAAGGAGACGAGGCUCCUCAUUAGCCACAGCUUCUUCCUCGUCCUGCGCACUCUCAUCAGCUUGAGAGUCGCCGAGAUGGACGGCGCCAUCGUCAAGGCCCUCGUCAAGGGUAACGGCAAGGAGUUCCUCACCAACAUCGUCUGGUGGAUGUUGAUCGCCAUCCCGGCCACCUGCACAAACUCGAUGCUGUCGUACCACCAAGCGGAGCUGUCGCUCAAGUACCGCUCAAGACUGACGCAGCACAUCCACGACAAGUACCUGUCCAACUUGACCUUUUAUGGCCUCUCGGCCCUCGACGACCGGAUAAAGAACCCGGACCAGCUGAUUGCCGUCGACGUCUCCAAGUUCUCCAACAGCCUCGCCGAGCUCUUCAGCAACCUCGCCAAGCCACUCCUCGACAUGACCAUCUACACCUACUCACUCUCCAACAGCGUCGGCGGCGAGGGCGUCGUCUUCAUGUCCCUCCUGGUCCAGCUCUCGGCCAACAUGCUGCGCGUCCUGACCCCCCCCUUCGGCAAGUACGUUGCCGACGAGGCGAGGCUCGAGGGAGAAUUUCGCUUUCAGCACUCGCGCCUCAUCGACUACAGCGAAGAAGUCGCCCUUUUCGCCGGUCACGAUGCCGAAAAGGACACGCUCGACAAGGGCUACUUCACCCUCAUCAAGCACGUCAACUACAUCCUCCGCAAGCGCUUCUACCACGGCUUCAUGGAGGACUUUGUCAUCAAGUAUUUCUGGGGUGCCCUCGGCCUCAUGCUCUGCAGCGUACCCGUCUUCGUCAAGAUCCCCGGCCAGGUCGCCAUGAACAUGGGCGACAGGACCGAGUCCUUCGUCACCAACAGACGCAUGCUCCUGUCCGCCUCCGACGCCUUUGGCCGCAUCAUGUUCUCCUACAGGGAAGUCAUGGAGCUUGCCGGCUACACCUCGCGUGUUGCCUCGCUCCUUGACGUCAUGGACGAUAUCCAGUCGGGCCACUUCGAGAAGAAGCUCGUCUCAUCCUCGGGCAUCGAGGACAACGAGGCGGUCCUCCAGGGACGUGGCACCGUCCACGAGAGCGAAAAUAUAACCUUUAUCAAUGUCCCCAUCGUCUCACCCAACGGAGACGUCUUGAUCAAGGCACUCUCCUUUUCCCUCAAGCAAGGCGACCACCUUCUUGUCGUCGGCCCCAACGGCUGCGGCAAAUCCUCCCUCUUCCGCAUCCUCGGCGGCCUCUGGCCCGUCUACGGCGGCACCGUAUACAAACCUCCCUUCAGCGCCAUCUUCUACAUUCCCCAGCGCCCUUAUCUCUCCCGCGGCUCCCUCCGUCAGCAGAUCAUAUACCCGGAUUCCCUGCGCCAGAUGCGCUCCCAUGGCGUCACCGACGCAGACCUGCUCGCCAUCCUGAAGACCCUCGGGCUCGAGCACCUCGUCGAGCUCUACGACGAGGGGUGGGAUGCUGAAGCCGAAUGGCGCGAUGUGCUCUCAGGUGGUCUGCAGCAGCGCGUCGCCAUGGCCCGCCUAUUCUACCAUCGCCCAAAGUAUGCCAUUCUCGACGAGUGCACCAGCAGUGUAACGCUCGACACGGAAAAGGUCAUGUACGACAACGCAAAGGCCCUCGGAAUCACCCUCAUGACCUUUGAUGGUCAGGGCAACUUCAUCUUCACCAAGCUUGAUGCCGACAAGCGCCUCAAGCUCGAGGACGAGAAGGAGGAGCUCGAGGUCAAGCUGCGCCAGGUCCCGGAGCUCGAGAAGAGAAUGGCGGAGCUGGAGGCCUUGUAA